GGGACUCUCGAAAGCAUGAUGCUUUUUGUUGUCUCACUUGUAAUUUGUUAGGGAUUUUGUUGCUGAAGACUAAGCAAUGUCUGUAGAAACAUGGUUCAGGAUUCAGAAAAGUACUACUACUACUACUACUACUAGCUCAUGAGUUCAUUGGUACUUGGAAUCAAGAUGAUUGAUCAGUUCAUCAACUUUGUAAUUCGACCUCCUAGGGCUGAGUAUGAUCCUGAUCAGUAUUUGUGGGAGAAGGAGUUUAGCCUCGGUGGCACAAAGUGUAAAAGACAAGACUUGGAGCUUACAAAUUCGAGGGGUCACACCUUGCGUUGCAGUCACUACAUUCCCUCAUCUUCUCGGGAGGAUACUCCUCUCCCCUGCGUUAUAUACUGUCAUGGCAAUAGUGGAUGUAGGGCAGAUGCAAAUGAGGCAGUUAUGAUUCUUCUCCCAUCUAACAUUACUGUUUUCACCCUUGACUUCUCGGGGUCAGGCUUAUCUGAGGGUGAUUAUGUAAGCCUUGGCUGGCAUGAGAAGGAUGAUCUCAAGACUGUGGUAUCUUACCUGAGAAACAGCAAUCAAGUAUCCCGUAUUGGACUUUGGGGACGAUCUAUGGGUGCAGUUACCAGCCUUCUUUAUGGAGCAGAAGAUCCUUCAAUUGCUGGAAUGGUCUUAGACAGUGCAUUUUCAAACUUAUUUGAUCUGAUGAUGGAACUAGUGGAUGUCUACAAAAUCCGACUACCGAAAUUCACAGUUAAAGUGGCUGUGCAGUACAUGCGGCGUAUAAUUCAGAAAAAGGCGAAGUUUAAUAUUAUGGAUCUCAAUUGUGUUAAGGUUUCACCCAAGACUUUUAUUCCAGCUUUAUUUGGGCAUGCAAGCGGAGACAAAUUCAUCCAACCUCAUCACUCUGACCUCAUUCUCAAGUGCUAUGCGGGAGACAAAAAUAUCAUCAAGUUUGAUGGUGAUCACAACUCUUCGCGGCCACAGUCCUAUUAUGAUUCAGUGUUAAUAUUCUUCUACAAUGUUCUUCGCCCGCCUCCAAUUUCUUCAGCUUGCUCAUCUAAACUUGAAAGUUAUUACAGUUUGGGAGAUGUCAAUAGCGCUACUGGUUUGGAUGAGAGUUUUCUUUAUGAGAUCAUAUCUGGUCUUCGUUCGGCAUGUAUCGAUGUUGCAAGUUCUUCAUCUGCACCUCCUGCCCCUCUAACCACAAAGCCGACGAAUGAGCUCCUUUCAGAAGCCAUGCCCAUGAUAGAUACAGAUGCCGUGCUUGUGGAAGAUAAUGAUCACAACAUGGACGACCCUGAAAACUUUGAGGGGAAGCCUGUUGAUCAGUUUGAAGAAGGCUGUUCAUUUACAAGCUCUAACAGGGAAAGCUGGGGCAGAUGCUCUUCACUAGGAGGCACUGAAGAAGAUGAAAGUUUGACCGCUGGCGAGGGUGAUCAGGUCGAGAAAACUGCUGAUCUAAACACGGAACAAAAGCCAAGAGAUUCUAGUAGAGAAGAAGAAGAAGAUAGUAAGGAGAAGAAAAUUAACAACGGAGGUGAAACAGAUGCAAAGAAGCCUAGACACGAAAAAUUGGAAAGAUUGGAGGCUUUUAGCAAAAGACUGCGGCAUUGCAUCCUAAAGCGAGUAAACCAUAGAAGACACCGUUCACCUUGAAGAAAGUUCAACAAAUUGCUCUAAUUGUU